GCUUGACAUGAUCAAGAGGUUCCUGGCGAGGUUUCCAAAUGUGAGGUUUUCGCAGGCCUAUGGGUUGACUGAGUCAACAGGUGGAGUUUUUCGGGCUUUUGGUCCAGAAGAAAGUCAACGCCUUGGAUCUACAGGGCGUCUUAUGGCUGGUUGUGAAGCGAAAAUUGUUGAUCCAUCCACUGGCAUCGCUUUGCAUCCAUGUGAACAAGGUGAACUUUGGGUUCGAGGCCCUACAAUCAUGAAAGGAUACAUUGGUGACGAGGAAGCAACCUCUGCAAUUUUGAACUCUGAGGGAUGGUUAAAAACUGGUGAUCUCUGUUAUAUUGACAACAAUGGGUUCCUCUUUGUUGUUGAUAGGCUAAAAGAGCUAAUAAAAUACAAGGGAUACCAGGUUCCCCCGGCUGAAUUAGAACACUUGCUUCAAAUGCAUAAUGAUAUCAUUGAAGCUGCUGUUAUACCAUACCCAGACGACGAAGCAGGGGAAGUUCCAAUGGCCUUUAUUGUAAGAAAGCCGAAUAGCACCCUUCAGGAGGCUGAGAUCAUGGAACUUGUGGCCAAACAGGUGGCAUCGUAUAGAAGGAUACGACGUGUUUCUUUUGUGGAUUCAAUUCCCAAGAACUCCACAGGGAAGAUUAUGAGGAAGGAUUUAAUGAAGCUUGCAAUGAUAAAAACAAACUCGAAGCUGUAAUUUUAUUUUAUAGUGUAACAUUAUCAAAGUACAAGCAACAUGCUUGUAAACAUACCUGUGAGCAAAAGCCUGUGUUGUGUGCAAUGAGGAAAAAGAGGGGUGAAAACUUUUCAAGUCAUUAUAGAAAUAAGUCUCAUCUCCCCCA